UUUCAGCAGAAUCGUUGGAGCGACUGGCACGGCGGAAAAACGGGACAGCGGAUUCGGUCGAUUCGGUGAAACCAAGAGAAUGGGAUCGCAGGGAUCACAGGGAUCGGAUCUCUCGGACCUGGCAAAAAUCGAGGGGAUCACCGAUCACCCGGUGGAUCUCUUCAGGACCUGGCACGAGGAGGCCCGCAGAUGCAACCCGCAAGCGCCAGACGCCUGCUGCUUGGCAACCACAUCAGAGGCCUGCGAGGUGUCCGCGAGGAACGUCGUGCUCCGAGAAUUCGACAACGACGGCUUCGUGAUCGUGACCGAUCGUCGUAGCAAGAAGAUCGACAAUAUAGAGAAGGUCCCCCACGCCGCGAUGUGUUAUCUCUGGUGUUUCGUUAACGAGGAAGGACACAAUAUCGCGAAACAGGUCAGAGUCGAGGGGAUCGUGAAGGAAUUGGAGAAGAUAGAAUACCAGCCUUUGUACGACCGGGAGCCGCUCUAUUGUAAAAUUCGCUCGCAUUUGUGCCAUCAGGGGGUUGAAAUUAGCUGGGACGAACAGAAGCAGCGACACGACGAGAUACUGGAUUCGGUCCGCAAAGGGGAGACUAAUUUACCGAUGCCGGACCAUUUCGCCGGCUACAAGUUGUUCCCAACGAUGAUGGAGUUUUAUUACGCGCGGGACUAUCUGAUAGGCGAUCGGAUCAUUUACCGGAAGGCGAAAUCGGACGACUCCUGGGAAUACUAUCGAAUAGCCGCAUAGCGGCUAGCACAGUUGCUCAACGUACACCGGAUCGCCGUGUCACCCGCCUCUUCCUAUCACCGUUGCCUUCGUUGAUGUACCAAACAAUAAAUGAGAAACGCGCGAACGGCUGGUCCGCGGAACAUUUGAAACUUGAAA